UGUUUGACGUUUAGUGAUUUUUUAACCUCUAUGUUUUCUUUUUUCCUGUCAAACCUAAAGUUUAACGGUAGCGAUGUUUGAGCAACAAAUUUAACAACGAAUUACUAAAUAACCGUUAAACCAUCAAUUCAAAGACCCCUGAAAUGUCGAAACGGCAUAUGGAAGAAAGCGGCAGCGGCCAACCGCCCAUAAAAAAGAUACAUUUCGAACCUCACUUAAUUGGUCCCGUUUCAACUCUCGAAGAAUUAGAUAUUAAAGUUCUUCAAUUUCAAAACAAAAAAUUAGCUCAGAGAAUAGAACAACGUCAUCGUACCGAAUGUGAACUACGACAACGUAUUGAACAAUUAGAAAAACGUCAAACUCAAGACGACGCAGUUUUAAAUGUGGUUAAUCGAUAUUGGAAUCAGCUUAAUGAAGACAUUAGGAUCUUACUUCAAAGAUUCGAUGCCGAAACUUCUGAUGAGUCUGAAAAUAAAAACGAAAAUGAAGCAACAACAUCGUUUUUAAUGCAACUAUCAACAUGGGAUAAAGAGGAACUUGAUGAUAAAUUAGCGAAUAGGGUUCAAGUUUCAAAAAGAGCAGUGGGAAAACUUAUACAAGCUUUUGAUAGAUUAAUGCAGAGGAAUGAAAAACUAACUUUAGUUUUAAAAGGAGAACUUGAUGGACAGGAAGCACCUUGUGUUGAAGAUGCAAUUCGUCAAACAAAUAUUCAAUUAGAAGGUGAAAAUCGUAAAUUACAAAAUCUUCAUACAGCAAUGCAUGAAAAAUAUCACACAGCUAAUUUAAAAAUGGCAGAAAUUCAUGAUAAACUGACCGCAAAGGAAACUGAAAACGCUGAAUUAAAAAAUCAAAUUGAUGAUCUUCAAUAUGAACUGGGAAAAGUUCGAAAUCGUAAUGAUAAAUUAGAAAAUCAUUUAGCUGAAGCUAUAGAAAAAUUAAAAACUUAUCAUCAAUUACAUGGUGAUCCUGAUAAAGGUGAAAAACCAAAACCUGUUCAAUCAACGGUUUCUCAAGCUAAAUUUGAAGAUUUAAAUAAAGAAAUUGAGGAAUGGCGAGAAUUGGCGAAUAAUCGGCUACAAGAACUCGAUAAAUUGCAUCAAACUCAUCGCGAAACAUUGAAAGAGGUUGAAAAAUUAAAAAUGGAUAUUCGCCAAUUACCAGAAAGUGUUAUUGUUGAAACUACUGAAUAUAAAUGUUUACAAUCGCAAUUUUCUGUUCUCUAUAAUGAAUCAAUGCAAUUAAAAACUCAGUUAGACGAAGCCCGGCAACAAUUACAAACGAGUAAAAACGCUCAUUUGAGAAAUAUCGAAUUAAUGGAAUCCGAGGAAUUAAUAGCACAGAAAAAGUUACGUCAAGAAGUAAUGCAAUUGGAAGAUAUUUUGGCUCAGUUACGUAAGGAAUAUGAAAUGUUACGAAUUGAAUUCGAACAAAAUUUGGCGGCUAACGAGCAAACGGGUCCCAUUAAUCGUGAAAUGCGACAUCUAAUAACAUCUUUACAAAACAAUACUCAACAAUUAAAAGGCGAAGUCCAUCGUUAUAAGCGAAAAUAUAAAGAAGCGAAUGCUGAAAUUCCAAAACUACGAAAAGAAAUUGAAGAUUUAACUUUGAAAUUGGGUCAACAACAAAUAAUGGCAAAUCAAGAUUCCAAAGAGGGUAUUAAAUUAGAAAAUAUCAAAGAGGAGGAUAAUAGUUGUGGUGAGAUGGGAGGGGCUCAAGUAAAAGAGGAAGGAUCAGGAACGCCAUCGAUUAAAAAGGAGAAUGAAGAAGAAUCAGAGACGGCGGAAGAGGGAGAUGGAGAGAAAGAUAAAAGUGGAGCUGGAGGAUCGCCAAGUAUCAAAAAAGAAGGAGGAAAGCAGGAGAAGACAGCUAAAAAAGAGGUUGGGGUUAAAUCAGAAAAGGAACAUAGAGAAGCUCAAAGGGCCAAAGAGGCUAAAAUUGCUGAAAAUGAAAUAAUUAGAGAUCUUAAAGCACAAUUAAAAAAAGCUUUAAAUGAACAAAAAGAAAUGAAACUUCUGUUAGACAUGCAUAAAAGUGUUACGAAAGAACAACGCGACAAAGUCCAAUUAAUGGCUGCUGAGAAAAAAUUGCGAACCGAAUUAGAUGAUAUGAAACAACAAUUAAAAAAGAUACAAGAGAGCAAGCGAGAAGAGCGUAAAAAAUUAGCCGAUGAAGAAGCUUUAAGGAAAAUAAAGCAGCUUGAAGAGCAAAAGUAUGAGUUGCAAAAACAAGUAGCUUCUCAAAAACCCGCAGAUGGUAAUUGGGCGGGGCAUAAUGUAUUACAUCAAAUGAGACCAUUUGUUGGUUCCCAUGAGGAAGAGGCCCUUUUAAAUGAAAUGGAAGUAACAGGACAAGCGUUUGAAGAUAUGCAAGAACAAAAUUCUAGGUUGAUUCAACAAUUGCGUGAAAAAGAUGAUGCUAAUUUUAAAUUAAUGACCGAACGAAUCAAAUCAAAUCAAUUACACAAAUUAGCACGCGAAGAAAAAGAUGUACUAAAAGAACAAGUCAGUACAUUAAGUACACAAGUGGAAGCCGCAAUGUUGGUUGUAAGAAAAUUGGAGGAAAAAGAACGGAUUUUACAAAACACUUUAGCAACGGCCGAAAAAGAAUUAGCACUGAGACAGCAAGCGAUGGAAAUGCACAAAAGGAAAGCGAUUGAAUCGGCUCAAUCCGCGGCCGAUUUAAAAUUGCAUCUUGAAAAGUAUCACUCGCAAAUGAAAGAAGCGCAACAAGUCGUCACUGAAAAAACGUCUUCGUUGGAAGCGGAGGCGUAUAAAACGAAACGGUUACAAGAGGAAAUUGCUCAAUUGAAACGCAAAGCAGAACGGAUGAAGAAAAUGGAAAUGGCAGGUACGACGUUAGACGAAGUGAUGAUGGAGGAAAUCCGAGAGUACAAAGAGACUUUAACUUGUCCGUCUUGUAAAGUUAAACGUAAAGAUUCCGUGUUAUCGAAAUGUUUCCAUGUUUUUUGUUACGAUUGUCUUAAAACGCGAUACGAAACGAGGCAGAGAAAGUGUCCAAAAUGUAAUUGUGCGUUUGGAGCUAACGAUUAUCAUCGAUUAUAUUUUUAAAUUACUUUAAAAAAUUAUUUUUCAAUUUGGGGGUUAUUUAUUUUUUAUCCUUUGGUCGAAUGUUUAGAAAAUUAGGGCGAGUUAGGUAUGUAACUAUGUUGGAAUGAUUUUGGAUGACGCAAUGUUGUUUUCAUAUAUUCCAUGUAUAUUAAUAGUAAUAUGAAAAAGAAAUAUGUAUCGUUGAUACAAAAUGAAAUUAAUCUUUAAGGAUUGUAAAAGCUGUCGUAAAAUUUAUAACUUGAUUUUUUAAGUCUUAAUUUUGACAUUAAGUUUUUUAUUUUGAAAGAUUGAAUAAAU